AUGGCUGACAUUCACUGGGGUGUCAUAGCUGUGGUCCUUUACUUUCAUCUUCCUGGAUCAGCGGGAACCGAGUCACAGCGGAUCCUUCGUGACACGCAUCACCAUUCAGACUGCCGGUGGGACGGGGAGUGCUCACUGAACUGUUCUUUUACUGGAAUAUCUGCUGUUCCAGAGGACACAUCGCAAACAGCAGUAACAGCUGAUUUCAGUUACAAUAAUAUUAAAACCUUUGUGUGCGCUGAUGGAAGAAAUGAAGACUGGGUGGUGAAACACCUGAAUCUCAGUCACAACCUGAUUUCUGAGCUCUCCCUAACUGCUUGUUGGAAUUUACCUCUGUUAGAGACCCUAGACCUGAGCGGUAACGCCAUCCGCACCCUCACCCUGGGCAGACCUACGCCUGCACGUGCGUCCAGAAGGCAGGGGCCGGUCCAUCGCCUCCUGCCCGCUCUGAAAGUGUUGUCAGCUGAGAGAAACAACCUCAGCAGAGUUCCAAGAGGACUAGGCCUGCUGCAGUCUUUGCAAACUGUCCAUUUGUCGUCCAACGGCAUACGACAGAUUGAUCGGGAGGACUUUCAAAGCUGUUCACAGCUCAAGGACAUCGCCUUGCAAAACAACAGGAUAACUAAAAUUCACCCAGACGCCUUCAGGGAUCUCAGCAAAUUACAGGUCGUGGAUCUCCGUGCAAAUGCUCUGACAGCCCCUUUACCUCAGCUGUUAAUCAGUUUGAGCUUCUUUCAACUUGAAGUGGAUUUGUCAAACAACGCCUGGCUAUUUAACUGCAGACUAAAUGCUUUCAAACAUUUCUUUCAUUUUAUUUUUGACUCCGCGAGGCAAAAAUGGAGUAUUAUUUCAUACAACAAAUCUGCCAGCAGCUCACAGACACCUCUGCUGUACCUUUCGAGCUCCCGUGUAAGCUGCAGCGGCGACGUUCGGCUCGAGAGGGCUGUGAUCCCACCGGGGAGGACGUCGGUGCUGAGUUGUGACUUGGCCAGCACGAGGGGUGAUGGAGUCUCUUGGUGGACACCUAAAGGCAGAAUUUCGAAAGGCAACAGUCUUCCUCAUAUGGCACUGGAUAAAAGGAAUAAUUUAGUGAUAUACAAUGCUGAUAAGACUGCUGAAGGGUUAUAUUUGUGUAUUCUUAAUACAGCAAAGGAGAAAUAUCUCGUCUACAACAUACAGGUGAAAGAAAGGGUUUCAACACUUUUGGUUAGAAAAGCCCGGGACGCUACCACUGCUUUUAGACAAGGCGGAACGGAGCGGGACCUGGCGCUGGCUGUCUGCCUCUCCGUGCUCGUCACAUUCGUCUGCGCCUUCUGCCUGGGCGCUUUCGCCAGACCCUACCUGGUGAGCCUGUGGAGACUCGCGCGCAGGAACAAGCGCUCCGGCUCAGAACGUGCCUACGCUAAUCGAGGUUUUUCAGAUGACGCCUUGAGCCGGGAGCGCUCUGCAAGCGAGUCAACAAAUCCGCAGCGCCACUUGUUCAUUCGUGACGAGCAUGCUUCAAGAAACACGUGCGUUCUGCCGACAGAAACCUCUGUUUUGCGUGGAAGCGGUGUGCACGCACCAAAUACUGAGGAAGAGUACCAGAGACAAAGCAACGAGGAGACCGCCGUGAAGAAAAACCCAGUGUUUUCAGACACCAAGACCAGUAUUGGCAAUGGUGAAAAUAUAAAUGUUGAUAAUAACGGACUGUUCUCUGUAAGGAUAGAUGACACGAUUGGCGGUGAAGUAAUGGGAAGAAAAUUAAUCAGUAAUGACAUUUCAUUAUGGGCAGAUUCAAACCAUGCAAAUGAUGCAGGCUCAGAGAAGAGCAGGCUCCAUGCCACACCGCGGAGAUCGAGUGCUGACGCUCGCUCACAUCACACGGACACCUCAGGUUCGGAUUUAUCCUUCAUGGGAGAAUCCGGCUCCCCGUUUUCCACGACACAAACCCCCGCAGCUGCACGGGAUUCUCGGAGCAGCAAGGUAAGCGACAGCUCUGGUCUGCUGCGGUCUGAAAGCGCAAAGGCUACACCAGAAAGAAAAGGUAUCGUUUCACACAGCGAACCCACAAGCGCUACGGAAUUCAUGCCUGGAAGGCAAAGCUGCGAUGAGCAACUUGGUCUAAACAGCCACAUAAAUAUAACCAGCGACAUGGGGGAUUUUGUUUUACCCAGCAGCAGCAAGAGAGAUACAAAUGCUGAGAAUUUAAGUGUCUACCAACCAAUGGAACACCCUCCUCUUACAGGGUACGGCUGUAAAAUGGAACUCACGAAUGAAAACGGCGCUUCAGCAGAUCUAUUUGGUGAUAGCUCUUCAGAUGAAGGGACUCCGUUCACCAUGAGUGACUGCAGCUCCCUGGAGGACUUUGAGCUGGAAGAGCCCCGUGCUAGCGACAAAGCCGAUACAAACAGUGGGACGGAGAAGUUCUCGACGCCGCCCGAGCCGCCAAACGUUGCUGCUGGACAUCAGCGUAUUGAGGAAGAUGAAGAGGAGAACAAGGUGUGUUGUGAAACCGCUAUUCGUUACGGAUCAGAUACCACCAUGCCUGAAACAGCACCGCCUUACGCUGAGAAACGCAGUGACCGUGGAAGCAUGUCCGACUCGGACGCAGUCAGUUCUUCAAGUCAUGAGGUUCUUGAUCCAUUUGAUUAUUUUACUAAUGAAGAGUCAAGAGGACAAAACUCUGAUUCUCCCCACAAUCCAGAUUUUGGCGAUACAUUGCUUUCAUUAAAAUGUUCUCCCACGUAUGACACCGAUACAGAGAACACUCCUGAAGAGGCCGAACUGCAGCUGUACCGGCUUCGCGCUGAGCCUCGGCGUUCCCUCAGAUUGAGUCCCACUGAACAGAAAGAAGAUGCUCCAGAGGGAAGUCCAGACAAGCCCAUCGACGGGAACUCCUCCGACCAGGAUCGUGGUGAGGGGGACAUUACAUUGAGCAGAAACACGAGUACAUCCGAGCACGAUGAUUUUACUUUUGCUCCCAGUGAUAUUGGUUUGAAUGAAAUUGUUGCAGCACCAUCCCUGCCGCGUCCCAGCGCCGAGUCAUCUCUUCAGUCCCUGCCUGAAGACACAGCUGAAAAACGUCUUGCAGUUGUUACCGGGGAAGAAGACCCGCGACCCCAGGAGAAGCAGGUGAACACAACGAAGGCUCACGCAGAUGAAACGCAAAGAGGUCUUAACGAGAAAGACUGGGCUGGCUACACAGCCUUGCAGGAUGCCAGCACCUUCCACCUGCCCGAUGGAACAUGGUCGCGCAAUGCCGUGGCAGAUUGGCUGCACCCCGGCUCUCCUGGGAGAUCAGCGUCGGUCUCCAGCGCAGAGGAUCCUUUUCAACGGGAUGGGAGCGACGAGGAUGCACGUUCCUCCUCGGUCCCGCAGGGCUUCUUCAGCGAGAGCGCGCGACACAGCUCACGUUCAUUCCCACAAAAGGCCACCCAAAACGCGAUCUCCACAAGCAGCGAUUCCAGCGAGGCGGAGGAUGACCCAGCUUCGACAGCGCUGGAGAACAAUUCUGCGCCAGCCGCCAACCUCCCACAUUCAAGUGAAAAACUCGGCCAACGAGGUCAGACCACGGUAGGCCAGGGCCACUUUUUUGUUAAGAAGAAGAGAGCAUUUGAUGGGUUUGCUAAUAUUCUGCAAAGCAGGAGAACAAACUCCAGUAGCUGA